GACUGACUUAUAAGGAAGCUAUAUUUCAAGUUUUGUUGCAAUCCGUCCAGUAGUUUUCCAGAAAUCGUGAUCAGUGAGUCAGUGAGAUAAGAAUUUUAUAAGUAUAGAUUUAAUACCCUGAAAAAAUCCAGCUUUCGCCUUAUUUGUUUUUGGCCAAACGCUGAUUUUUUCUUCAUUGACUGGGCCUGGUCUACAUUGGGAAACGUUUUCAAAAGUGAAGCAACUAUUCAUGUGUGAUAAUCUGAGCAGCUGGUUAUAGUGGAUAGUGGCAAAAAAAAGUAAAAAUCAGUUGUGAUUAUUUAUAAUUUUAAGUUGGUUCAGGUAUUUUCUAAACCUUGGUGGAUUAAGCAAAGACUUUCAGAGUAAUUUAUCCAUCCAAGAUCCAAAACAGGGAUUCCAAAUUUAUUGUUUCAAACAGGUUCAAAAUUAUAACAUUAUGAAGAAAAAUAGUAUGAAUGAUCAAAUUGAUCAUCGCUUACCAUUAUUACCAUCGAAUUUUGUUCAAACAAUUCUCACUUGUGUUAUCUUAUACACGUGUAUAAUGGCAACUGUUGAGUUCCUGAUAAAAGUUUGGCGAAGGAUGAGAUUCAAUCAAUCGAAAACAUCAUGUUUCAAGUAUGGGUAUUCCAAUACUAAAAAGAACGGUCCCAAAUAUUGGAGAGAAUUAUUUGCGUGCUGCGACGGUGCCAACCAGAGCCCAAUCAACAUUGACACGUGUGCAGCGACUUGUGUCUAUGCAUGCAAUCCACUCACUUGGUCCAACUUCGACAACAAACCACAAAAUAUGAUUAUGCUCAACACUGGCUCUACUGUAAUGUUGGCUGGCUGUUGGUAUUGGGACAAACCGCUGUCAAUAAGUGGCGGGCCGUUGGAGCAGAGAAGCUACUCUUUGAAGGAAGUGUACUUUCGUUGGGGCCGGGGUGAAGGCAGUGAACACACCAUUGAUAGUGUUCGCUUUCCAAUGGAAAUUCAAUUGAGGUUUAUCAACCAAACAAAUGGCGAUAAUGUGUUUAUUGCUCUGUUUUGUGAGAUUUCGCAUCAGGACAAUCCGAAUCUGGUUUGUUUAGUGAAUUCAUUGAAUGAGAUCAUUCUUCCCGGAACCUCGACCGAAAUCCCUUUCUCCUUCGACUGGCUGCAAUUGCCCUUCUGCCAUGGAUACUAUACCUACCCCGGUUCAUUCACUUUUCCACCAUGCUGUGAAAAUGUCACUUGGAUUGUCAAGCCACAGCCUAUCAAAAUUUCUCAUGCGCAGGUUAAAAAAUUCCGAGAACUAAGAAAUAACCAUGGUCGUAUUCUAACAAAUUCAAGACCAGUACAAUCCCUCAAUUCAAGAACAGUUAUGUUCUAUGAGGAUUCAUCAGAAGCCGAUUGCAAUUGAAAUUGAAAAAAAAGCCAACUCCUGUGAAUAUUGUCGAUUUUGUCUGUCAAUAGUGAAGUUAUUCAUGAAUAUUUCUUUAUAAUAAAAACAUCCUGUCUCAAUUGUA